UCGGAGUCCGUAUAAAUAGCGGACGCGAUCCCCACAAAACAUUCUCGGACGUCUGCAAAUUCAAUCGGAAAACGCCACACAAAGCCAAAAACCUGGUCUUUCGAUUCGCAAAUAUUACCUCUCUUUUUAGCUACGACACACCACGCCCUGGCCAUGCUUAGAGCGUAUACUCUCUGUAAUUCAUGGGUACCCAGUGCGGCCCGCAGACACUUUUCCCACGGUGGGCCCAAUUUAGCACAAUACGGAUUCAUUGGGUUGGGCCAGAUGGGCCAGUACAUGGCAAAACACAUCUACAACGCGUUGGAGCCCCUGGACAGGCUCUAUGUGCAUGACGUGGUGCCGGAAGCCACGUCUGCAUUUGUAAAAAAUGUCACCCAAGAAAACCCAGCCAAUAAAAGAUUAUUGCGGCCGCUUUCCAGCACGGCUGAUUUUGUGACCAGCGUCGAAGAGCAGUUGGAUUUUCUCAUCACAAUGGUCCCCGAGGGCCGCCACGUGAAGCAUGUGGCGGAGGAGUUUGUGCAAGCGCACAGGCAAAAUCCGGCUCUUUCGGGUAGCAAAAAGACCGCCGUUUUGGACUCGUCCACAAUCGAUAUCCAGACUUCUGUCGAGGUGCACGAAUAUCUUACAAAGCAGCUCCCAGGCUUCGAUUUCAUCGACACUCCGGUUUCGGGAGGGGUUGCGGGCGCAAGGAAAGCCACCUUGUCGUUCAUGCUCUCGAGAACUGCCCAUGAAGACGUGUCUCCUGCGUUGAGAAAAUUGUUGAAUAUGAUGGGCAAAAACAUCUUCCCUUGCGGGCCAAACCAUGGCUCGGGACUCGCAGCCAAAUUGUCCAACAACUACUUGUUAGCCGUGACCAACUUAGCCGUGGCGGAUUCUUUCCAGUUGGCCAAGGCGUUCGACUUGAACUUGCAGGAAUACGCAAAGCUCGUGGCCGUUUCCACGGGCAAGUCGUGGGCUUCUGUCGACAACUGUCCCAUUCCGGACGUAUACCCGAAGGAGGCCAGCAUGCCAGCCGACGUUGGAUACAAGGGCGGUUUCAUCACCAAAUUGACAAAGAAAGACUUGGUCUUGGCGACCGGCUGCGCCGAGUCUGCCGGCCGCUCUUUGUUCUUGGGCGACAUCUCGAAAAAAUGGUACCUCAAGGCAUGUGAGCGUGAAGACUUGGCCAAUCGUGACUUGGGGGUUUUGUAUGAGUGGCUCGGCCAGCUCGAGGAGAAGGACGGCAGGAUCGUCGACAGCAAAACUUCCGAGAAGUUCUCUAUAUAGAUAUAGCUAUAUCGACCUGACUGCGGUGGCUCUUGUAUAGCCCAGGCGCAUCUCGGCAUGCUAAUUCGAAGUCAUCUGGUGAGUUCCCCUCGGCUCUUUGUACAUCACGUCCUU